CUGCUGAGGGAGGAAAAUCUCACUGGGGAUUUACUGUUGGGAACCUUCAGACUGAACUCCGAGCCCUCGGGAGCUUUCUCCUUUGGGAUUCGGUUUUAGUGGAAUAUUCCCUCAGAGACUGUGGACCUGAAUACCUGCUGGAGGCCGUCCUGCUGAACGGGAACUAUCCAGGAGUGUGAGUAAUAUGAGGAAGCCUUUGAAUGGGCUAGAUCCAGGGAUCGGACUGCAACGCUUCCAUUGUGUUUAGACCAGGGAGCAGCAUGCAAAGAAAUCGGUGAACCGCCGCGGCCUGCCAAACCCCCGCCCUCGUAGCUACCACCACCACCGACCCAUCUUUGGGGCGUGACUCCAGACGCUUCCACUCUGCCUGACAAUUUGCGCCAAACACCAUGGAUUUCACGCUACCCACGAGAAGUCGAGACAGGAUGGCUUCCUCCAGCUCUGCUCUUCUGGGCCCUCACAGCAGCUGCACCCGGCAACACUACCAGAGCGUCAAGAGAAAGAUGCGGCCUGGACGAAUCCUGGGCUUCAUCGUCAGCCUGGUGGCGGUCUGCACAGUCUGCUCAUGGAGUGCCUUGUCACUGGCCACAGCGGUGGCCUCGGAGCUGGGAUCGGGUGGCGAGGGCUCAGCAGAGGCCGCAGUGCCCCAUAGAACUCUUCUGCAGUACCACAACCUCUCAGCCGCGCCAGUGGACACACCGGUGGCCAUGCGAUCAUCUGAGAUGGAGAUGAACCAUGGGGACUACCCAACGGACCUCUUCAGCAUAGAAGAGAGACGUCAGGGCUAUGUGGUGUUUCAUAUGUUUGGCAUGUUGUACAUGUUCAUAGCCUUAGCCAUCGUCUGCGAUGAGUUUUUUGUCCCCGCGCUCACCGUCAUCACAGAGAAGCUGGAGAUCUCUGAUGACGUGGCAGGAGCCACAUUCAUGGCGGCAGGUGGCUCAGCCCCAGAGCUCUUCACCUCAGUCAUAGGAGUCUUCGUCUCCCACAGUAAUGUGGGUAUCGGUACCAUCGUGGGCUCCGCUGUGUUCAACAUCCUGUUUGUGAUCGGGAUGUGCGCCAUCUUCUCCAAAGAGGUGUUGAACCUCACCUGGUGGCCUCUGUUCCGAGACGUCUCGUUCUAUAUCAUUGGCUUGCUCAUGCUCAUCUAUUUCUUUCUGGAUAAUCAAAUCGUGUUGGGGGAGAGUAUCAGCCUGCUGCUGUGCUACUCCUGCUAUGUGACGUUCAUGAAGUUCAAUGCCAAAGUAGAACUUGUCAUCAAGAGCCUGCUGGGCAGCAACCGGGUGGAUGAGCUGGAGAAUGCACCAAAGGUAAAUGCACCCGGAGAUGACGAGAACAAGCUGAUGGCAAAGCCCAGGCUGCAGAGAGAGGGCAGCUGUGCUUCUCUGCACAACUCGCUGAUGAGAAACAGCAUCUUCCAACUCAUGAUACACACGCUCGACCCCCUGAGUGAUGAAGGUAUGGGGCGUUUCAAAGAGAAGGCAUCGAUCCUUCACAAAAUGGCCAAGCAGAAGUGUAAAGAAGACUCUGCCAAUGCCAACGGUGUAGGACCCCUGUCCCAGGCACAACCUUCAAGGAAUUCUGAUAAAAACAUCCCCAACAGUUCAAACGUUGCAGUGGAAGUCACGCCUCCCAUGAAUGGUGUUAUAGGAGGAGACGAGGGUGGUGAAGAAGAGGAGGAUGAAGACCAGCCUCUGAGCCUGGCCUGGCCCGACACCGCCAGGAAAAGGCUCAUCUACCUUAUCAUCCUGCCGAUUGUCUUUCCACUGUGGCUCACACUGCCCGAUGUCAGGAGAGAGAGCUCAGCAAGGUUCUUCCCCGUCACUUUCCUUGGCGCCAUUAGUUGGAUUGCUUUCUUCUCCUACUUGAUGGUGUGGUGGGCUCACCAGGUUGGAGAAACAUUCUGGAUCACAGAGGAGAUCAUGGGUCUGACCAUAUUAGCAGCGGGCACCUCGAUCCCGGACCUGAUCACCAGUGUAAUAGUAGCGAGAAAAGGCCUCGGCGACAUGGCCGUGUCCAGCUCUGUGGGCUCCAACAUCUUUGAUAUCACUGUGGGUCUGCCGCUCCCCUGGCUCAUCUACAACAUCAUCAACGACUUCAAGCCAGUAGAGGUGAGCAGCAACGGCUUGUUCUGCGCGAUCGUCCUCCUCUUCCUCAUGCUCCUCUUCGUCAUCAUGUCCAUUGCCGCUUGCAAGUGGAGGAUGAGCAAGUUUCUGGGCUUUCUCAUGUUCCUGCUCUACUUCGUGUUCCUCAUCGUCAGUGUCAUGCUGGAGGACAAAGUCAUUACCUGUCCUGUCUCCAUCUGAGAGAGAGCAACUGAUUCUCAGAACGCUGAAAUGAAAUAUGAAUGUGCUCAUGUGCACCAUAAUUUACUAUGGGAUCGACACAACCUCCUAUCUGUCUCACAUAUACACACAGUAGAAGACUGCAUACUCAGACACACCCACACGCACACGCACACGCACACACACACACACACACACACACACACACUCGCACACACAUCCACAGACACAGGAGUGUCAAGCUGUUCCUGCACACACACAAAUGAAGCAGCAAACACAUAAAUGUACAGGGGUUGUUUCAGGUGUCUUUCACGACUGGUGCAUCACUGCCUUCCUGAAGUGGCAGAAGACAAGCCAGUCCUUGGUUUAUGGACUGAUGCCGCCCAAUAGGCGAGACUCCCCUCACCUUGAACCAUGUGACUACAUCCAGCAACUGACGGAUAAGUGAUUGGGACACCACUCAGGAUGGAAAUUUUAAUCUAAGAGCAUCAGAUAUUUUCUUCUUUUUUCUUUCUUUGAAACCGUGUGGCAGUGUAAGACGUACCUCCACUACUCAUGCUAGCAGCCUUGUUAAUUAGCCUUGCAUCUAAAGUGAAUUUGGGGGGUUACAAGAGACUCUUUUUUGUGAAAGCUGCUUAACAGACCUAUAUUUUGUCAUCGUGUCCCUCCCACCACAUGUACGGCACAAGAGAAAUAUCCAGUGUCACUGCUUUGUGUAUGUUUUCAAAUACAGUGAAUUGCAUUUCAGGUCAUAUUUGGUGGUUAUUUUUACUUUAUUUCCAAUGCAUGAAUAUGCAUAAUAGAACACAUUAAGUUCUAGUUACAAUAGAGUGAACAGAAAUUACGUGGACCAAAACUAAACUGGCCAGGGUUUUUUAUCAUGCUCAGUAUUUCUGCUUUAUCCCAACAAUCUUGUUUGAGUUUUCAUAUAAUAAGCAUGCAAAUGUAAUUUUUUCCUCUUCCCCUCUUUUUGCUGUCUGCCUUUACAUGCACCGCUUUAGAGUGAGAGAUUACUUGAUUAUCCCGACUAAAACUGGACAAUUUUGGUGCAUGGAAAUGCCCCUAUAGUGGGGGGGGGGGGGGGAGAUGUCAGCGCCACAUUUGCAUCCGCUAGGUGACGGGGUGCAGUCGGGACAACAAGGGGUGGACUAAGGAUUAGUGUUCUGUGCUGUAUUAUACUUUUUCUGUUUAAAUGUAUAUAUUUAUGAAAAGGAGUGUUCAGUAUCAACAGGUAUCACCGGGUUACUAUGAUGUUUGGAUGUAACACUCCUCAUGCCAUGUACUGUAUAACACACGCUCACAUAUAUAUGAAAACGAUAGCAAUAUUUUUGGUCUGGCAUGUUUUUCCACUGCCGUUGGCCUUUUUGAUUUGACAAAGUAAAAAAGGCCAUGUGGGGCCAUCAUUGUGAUGUUCUCACACUACAUUCCUGUGUUCAGUUUAUGAUGUACAGUGGGAAAUCUUAGACUUAAUUGUUUCACCCAACAUCAAGUAGGCCAAUAUAUCCAUUCCAAAAAUAAAAGCACUGUUGAGGAGAUUAUGACACUUACUGUUACUGCAUUUUAAUAUUUUCUUAAGCAGUGUUCGCAUUUAGGUUGUUUUCUUUUGGGGGGAACAUUGAUCAUUGAUGAGAAAAGUCAAACUGCCUGUAAAAAAGGUGGAAGAAAGACAUAUUAGUGACCCAACAACAAAUUUGAACCACCUGUUUCAAGUCGAACUGCCUGACUGCCCACAUACACACUACAACAGUCCUAAAACAUUUAUUUAACCAUCUGGAACUAUCUCAAACAGCAUGAAUAAUCUGAUAACUUUCAGAGCUCCUAACAUACUUUGUCCUUGCAUCCGUAGAUGUGAUCCUCUAGUGAAUAACUAGAAAUGUAUUUUUCAUUUUCCUUACGUCAAUGCGUUCUUUGCCAACUACAUAAAUUGGAGUCAAAUUAAGGUGACAAUUUAAUAUCCCAGCAAUAUUGAACGUGCUCCAUAUCAGUCCCGAAGAAUUGCCCAAUAAAUUAUGUGUAUACUGUCCGAGCAACAUCACUCUUUGUUUGAUUUCUUUUGGUAAUACUGGUUUCUAUUUUCAUGUUUUAAUAAACUGCAACAUAUUUUGUCCAAAUUAAUAUAUUUAUAUACGUUUGUCCAUAAGAUUGACCCCACCUAUUCCCAAUUUCACAAUAUUAAACAUGUGUGUUUUGUGUAUAAACGAUUUGUAAACUGUAAUGCAAAACCGUACAUAAGCUCCUGUAUGUAAUGAUAGUCAGCACAUAGUUUACAAAGCUCAACACAAUUUCACAAUCUCAGAAUCCAGCAUCUUAUUUAGUUUGUUUAUGCAGUAACAUUUCUAAAUCUUUCUUGGUUCGAUGCAUCUUCUGAAUGUGAGAAAUGUGAGUAUGAGAGAAUGCAUUUAGAAAUAUCUAUAAGUAGACCAGUUUAGAAUACCUUGACAAAUGGUCAAAUGCUUUUGUAUUUCCCAUAUAUGUUAUGCAAGCAUGGAAUCACUACUAUGUACUACUUGAAUCAUGUAUUAUACUGUAAAAAAAACCCAUUUAUCAUUCCACUGUGUAUAAAGUGUUAUACGAUCAAAUAAAUCCAAAGUCAAAUUUU